AUGUAUGCAGAUAAGACGGCUAGAAACGUGGCUUAUUUUGCUGCAUUUUCUAGUGCUGCAGUGAUAUUCAUGCUAGUUUGUUCAGUACCAUACUUGUACAUGAUGACAUCCCAGCUGGAACAAGAGAUUGCUGAGAGAUCCAGCAGUUUUAAAGUAAGAUACAGUACUUAUUUAAUCAAACAAAGUGGAAUAUUAACUAAAAUUUUUUUUAUUGGCAAAAUUUCGUAUUUUAAAAAAAAUUAUUCAAAUUUGAAAGUAACAAGCCUCUUAUUCAGAUACGAUCAGACAAGAUCUGGGCCAACUUGAUGGUCUACAGUAUGGGCUCUCCAGGCCAAGCAGUACUAUUCUUUAGUCGUCGACCUCGUGACUCCUUCUGGGACAAACGUCUAUGUCAAGGUUGUCACUCUCUUGGCUGCCCAGUUGGACCAACAGGACCAGCUGGCGUACCUGGCGAUGACGGAACACCUGGCACACCUGGAUCCCCUGGAGAUGCUGGAGAUGAUGGAUUUGACAUUCAAUUGGAAAAUGAGCCUGAACUACCUUGUGUCAUUUGCCCUGGAGGCCCACCUGGUCAACGGUGAGUUAAUAAAAUUAAAAUUUAAAAAUUUUUAAAUUUUAAUGUUUUGAAUUAAAAAAUUUAAUAAUUACGUAAAUUUAUUUUUAAAUCUUUCAGUGGUCAACAAGGAGAACGUGGUCGCUCAGGUGGUCCAGGGGGUGUCGGACAACCCGGUCCAGACGGUCGACCAGGCCAACCAGGUCCUCCAGGUUACAUUGGUCGUGUAGGAGGUAUUGGCAUCCGUGGAAUCGACGGUCCUCAAGGUCCUCCAGGAGAAACAGCUGUAGCCGGAGUCGGAAUCAAGGGUAUUCGUGGUCCACCAGGUCCAGCUGGUCCCAAGGGACCACCAGGACCUCCAGGCAGACCAUCCAAAGAAGUUGGCCAACCUGGACAACCAGGACCAGUAGGACCAGAGGGACCACCUGGAAACAGUGGAUUCGAUGGACUGGAUGGACCAUUUGGACCACCUGGAGAGCCUGGCCAACCGGCUGCCUAUUGUGCGUCGGAUUGUGGUGUCAGUCAUAUUCUGGGAGCUCACAUCGAUAAGAUCGCUGGGCCUUCUCAGUUCGGCGGUUAUGAUAGAGCUCAGAGUGGUGGGAGUGGACAGAGCAAUGGAUAUGCUCCUAGUCAGUAUUGGUUCUUAUAA